CAGUUCUCCAUCAUAUCUCCGUUUUGCAAUAAUUUCCACUGGGACUACUACUAUAUAAAGAGAUCAAUAUCCCGGCUUAGAGGUGAAGAAGACCGCAGGCAGCUGCCAAUUUGGAUCGUAUAAGAUCGAUGAUGGGUUUGAGCAAUGAAGUUAGUGCGAGUGAACUACUUCAAGCUCAAGCUCAGAUAUGGUAUUAUGCUUGCAAUUACGUAAACUCAAUGUCCCUUAAAUCUGCUAUUCAGCUAGGCAUCCCAGACACCAUCCAUAACCAUGGCCAACCCAUGACUCUUUCAAAGCUUGUCGGAGCCCUCCAUCUCCACCCUUCCAAAUCUCAUGGCAUCUACCGCCUUAUGCGCCUCCUUGUCCACUCUGGCUUUUUCGCCCAACAAAAAGUUGCUGAAAAUGAUGAGCAAGAAGGGUAUAUCCUCACACCUGCUUCCCGCCUUCUCCUGAAAGAUGAGCCCUUGAGGGCAGCGCCACUUGCGGUUCUGCUGCUCGAACCCAGUUUUAUUACCCCGUGGAAUUGCAUGACUACUUGGUUCCAAAGCAACGAUCCCACACCGUUUGAGAUGGCAAAUGGGAGGACAUUUUGGGAUCACCUGGCUCAUGAACCAACGUUCAAAAACGCGUUUUAUGAGGCCAUGCACACUGACUCCAAGCUAAUCGCGGCGGUUUUGAUCGAGGAGUUUAAAUGGGCCUUCGAAGGAUUGAAAUCCUUGGUUGAUGUUGGCGGUGGCUCAGGAACUAUGGCUAUUGCCAUUGCCGACGCUUUCCCCGACAUAAAGUGCACUGUGUUUGAUCUUCCACAUGUUGUUGCUAACUUGGAGAGGACCAAGAACUUGGACUUCAUUGAAGGGGACAUGUUUGAAGCAAUACCUCCUGGAAAUGCCAUUUUGCUCAAGUGGAUUCUGCAUGACUGGAAUGACGAAGAAAGUGUGAAGAUAUUGAAGCUGUGUAGAGAAGCAAUUUGCAAAGACGAGGAAGGGAAGGUGAUAAUCAUAGACAUGGUCCUCGAAAACCAGGAAACCGACGAGAAGACAACUGAAACACAACUCUGCUUCGAUUUGUUGAUGAUGGUGAACGUUAACGGCAGAGAGCGUAAUGAAAAGGAAUGGAAGAAGCUCUUCUUGGCUGCUGGCUUCAGUCAUUAUAACAUAACUCCUAUAAUGGGCCUCAGGUCUCUCAUUGAGGUUUACCCUUAAAUCUUAAUUGACAGCACCAGGAUCGUGCAUGAAAGUCCCUACGAUCAUGACAAUAAUCGGGGCUUUUUCUCCUAUUUGCUUUCGCUUUUUUGGCUUGAAAAUUUUAUGAUGUUCCGUUAUGCAUGUGUACGUUUAAUAACAGUCCUGUACUAUUGAUGAAACA